CUCAAGAUGGAGAACGGUCCGGAAUUUAGCUGGGAGUACAGUCAUGGCGGUCAGGGCAAUCCCAACUUUUCACAGAUGGGAAGGGGCGGAACGCCUCCUGGUGGCGGUGGUCGCCAGUGGCUGCACUCGAACCAGGGAAACACCCAAAACUUUAUGCCAGGCUCAAGUCCCCACGGAUCGGGAUCUCACCCCCAUCACGCAUCCCCAGGUGAUCCCUUCGCCUCGUACAACCAAAACAUGCUGAACAUGUACACGAAUUUCAAGCCCAGUUACGGACAUUCUCAAGUGGGUCCAGCCAUUGUCCAGGGAGUAGGUCGAGAACCUAGUCAAGAGAUGAGCCGUGGAAUGGGUAAUGGAAUGUCUGAAUCUAUGGGGUUCAAUGAAGGCAUGAAUGCAGGCAUGAAUCGGGGCAUGAGCAAUGGUUUUGGCGGUGGAAUGGGAGUUGGUUCCAUGCGUGGAGGUCAGAGGUUAGCCGGAGGCUACGCUGGGCGUUCGAAUGGCCUGAACGAUCCGAACCCUUCGCAAUCCCACCGAGGUAGUUGGUUCUAGAACUCGCAUCCCAUGAUUAUUUCCCAUCUAUAACCGGAUACGGAGCACCGUUGUAAAGAUCUAUCCAUAGGCAAUCCAUAAACUGUAUUUUAGCGAAUAAAUCGAAAUUUUCCGUUUAAA